UCAUAUUUUUUUCCUCCUUCCCAUCCGCUCCUUCACAGCUCUCCUCCCCUCUUUCCCAACUGUUGCAAUGUAAAGAUGCCAGUUGCCGAUCUCUGGAGGAAAACAAAAGCAGGAAAAUCUGCUUGACGGAACAGCAACACUUGACAGCAGCUGCUUCCACUGCCAAGAUCUGAAGUGCAGAUACAAAGUCUUCAAGGAAGAAGAUCCCAGAAGAUCCCUGCAGGAUCAGAAGGAGGGGGUCUAUGUAAUAAUGCAGCAAAGGCCAUCUAGCGGCCUCGUAAUCUACAAGAAGGGCAUGAAGCUUUCCUCUCUUGCCUGUUCCUGGUCUCUGGUAUCCAGAGAGAUACUGCCUCUGAACAUGGAGUUUCCAUUUUACAACCUUGGCUAAUAGUGGUUGGUAGAUCCAUUUUUCAUGAGGUUUUUGUGUUUACAGGUUUCAGAUCUUUGCUAAACAGAUGGAUCCUUUUUGAUGCAGACAGCAUUAUGACAAAGGCUUCUGUUUUUCUCUUGUUUGAGACCCUGGGACAUUUAAACUCAGUAUUAUGGCUAGCUUCCUGACACUCCAGUUUGCAAUACUCCUCCCACCCUCUGCCUGGAUUUUAAAGACUCCUCCCUUUUACCUUUUUCCACUCCAUGUAUCUGACAAAGGGAGCUCUGACUCUUAAAUGCUCAUACCUUGGAAAUCUAGUUGGUCUUUAAGGUGCUACUGGACUUGAAUUGCAGACCAAUACGGCUACCCACUAUAAACUAAACUCACGGUGUGUGUCUGUGGUAGCAUUGCUGUCCGUGGAAGGUUCUUCUGUUAAUCCACACUGAUGUUACCUUGGCUAUACAUGCAUUUGCACUUACCCUAGAAAUAUUUUUAAUUAAUAGAAAGCCAAUAGAAUCACCUCUUUUAGGAGCCUUCAGGAUCCACUAGAAAAAGAAUGGCAAAAAAGAACUCUGUUCGGCUAUAUGAUGCUGUCCAAGAUGGCUCAACGGAAAAGGUCCAGCAGUUGUUGGAAGAAGGCCUAGAUAUAAAUUUUAAGAUGGAUCACGGCUGGACAGCCCUCCUCAGUGCCGUACAGGCAGACAAGGAGGAGCUUGUCCACUUUCUGCUCAACCAAGGGGCUGAUCCCGGUGUUAAGAAGAAUAAUGGUGCUACUGCUUUUAUCAUAGCAGGAAUAACAGGCAACGUGAAGCUUUUGGAGCUCUUUCUUUCUAAGGGGUCAGAAAUCAAUGAGCAUGACGACAAUGGCUUCACGGCCUUCAUGGAAGCUGCGUGGUAUGGGAAAGAAGAAGCUCUGAGGUUCUUGUAUGGCAGAGGGGCGGACGUAAAUUUGAGGAGAAUAGUGGAUGAGGAAAAAAAGUCUUUGAAUAAAGGGGGCGCGACAGCUCUGAUGGAUGCUGCUAGGAAAGGUCACGUUGUUAUUGUCAAAGCCCUCGUGGAGGAAAUGGAUGCUGAUAUGAACAUCUGUGACAAUCAGGAUAGAAAUGCUUUAGUUCAUGCUCUCUCCGUAACGGAAGACGAGCCCUGGAGCCAAGCCAAAGAGGCGGCAGCCCUUUUCCUCUUACAACAAGGGAUCGAUACAACCAAGAGAGGUGAAGGUGGGAAGACCAGUCUCAUCCUGGCAGUAGAACAGCAGAGCCAAGAACUGGUGAAGGCUAUAUUGGAAAAGGAUGAAGUGGACGUCGAUGACGCUGACAAAAACAGCCAAACAGCACUGAAGGUAGCCGUGGAGAAGCGGAACUGCAACAUAGCAAGGAUGCUGUGUGAAAAGAAUGCCAGGACGGACAUUGGAAACCUCAUUGAGAUUGCCAAUAGGACUUACAACAAUGACAUGAGAGAGCUUCUUCGGCAGUAUGGUGCCAAGGCUAGUUUAAGCCAACCUGAUUCGAACCAGAUGCAGUGGACAUCCUCCAGCAGGCGCUGGGGAUCAGAGCUCCAGAUCCUCUGUGGAAUGUAUCGUCCUAUGAUUGGGAAACUUAAGCUCUUCCUGUAUGAAAAGUACAGGAUACAGAGAAUCGCCCAAGGUGGUGUCUACCUUGGAUUCUAUGAUGGAGAAGAGGUAGCUGUGAAGGUUUUCCCUAUAGCUGCAGAAAAUGCCGAUAAAGAGAAGACAUGCCUUGAAAAAUGCCGUAACAGCAACCACUUGGUGAAGUAUUAUGGGUCGGAAGAGCAGAAGGCCUGUCUCUACCUGUGCUUUGCUCUGUGUGAGCAGAACCUUGAGGAAUACUUUGGGAGGACAGAGAAUACAGAUUUUAAGAGCAAGGACAUUCUUCAAACCAUCUUCCAGGCGGUGCAGGAACUACAUGAGUUUGGAUUUGGCCACCAAGAUCUACACCCAAGCAACAUUUUGAUAGAUGCUGCUGGCAAGAUUUUCCUAGCAGAUUUCGAUAAGAGCAGAAAAUUAGUUGGCGGCGAAUCUGAGAAAGAUCUUAUAAUCACAGAAGACCUGCAGGGCCUCAAAAAGCUUGUCUUAUACAUUGCAAUGAGGGGGCAGACCCGUUUUGAAGAUUUGCCCGAACAAUGUCCAAAGGAUAUAGUUGAUAAUCUUGAAAUUGACGACCUCAGAGCAAGUCUGGGAUCUCCUGAUGCAAAAAAACCAGUGAGUGAACAACUGGGGCACUUAAUUCAGCAUCCUUAUUUCUGGAGCAAGCAGAUGAAAUACAGGUUUUUAAGAGACGUUGGGAACAAAACACGCAAUACGAAACAGACAAAGGAGAGUGAAGCGAUUCGGAACGCUUUGGAUAGUGGCAAGCACCGUUUCGAAGACUGGAGGGAAAAGGUAGACGAAAUGGUUCUGGAUUGUAUGGUCUAUCCCAAUUCCUCUCGAAGGAAGGCAUCUUAUAAGAACAGUUUGACAGAUUUGCUGAGGCUAAUCAGGAAUAUUGGGGAACACCUGCACGAGAAGAACGAUGAGGUGAAGGCGAUAUUGAAGAAUCCUGAAGAAUAUUUUCUGAACCUUUUCCCAGAAUUAACAAUGCAUGUCUAUCAUAUCUAUCUAUCACAUCAUGAACUUUUUCCAGACAUCCAGAUUCCUUCUCAACUGUAACAGGACCAGUGAAAAUCAGUUCCUGCAGGGUGCAGAGGAUAAUCAAAGAGCUUGGAAUAUUCUGAUGUUCUUGCCAGAAUCAACAGCUUACAUCUACCGGAACAAUUUUCAAAAUGUGCCCAAAUCUUUUUUUAAAUUGCUAUACAAAACAAUCAUACUCUGUCUUUCCUAGCAAAAAAAUAACUGGUUAAUUCCUGCAGGUGAUAUUUCUUGCUCUCUUUAGGUGGCCUCCGCUUUACUGAGUGGCCAAACAGCAUCAUCCAAAGUGUGGAUAGGAAGGUAUUUGGAAACUCCAAAGUGAGGGCUUAACUAAACAAAGAACUCAACCUGAUUAGAGAUGGGUACGAACAGCAAUAAGAACUAAAAAACCCCCACGAACAGCCCAAUUUGCUAUUUGCGAACAAGCUGUUCAUGAGGCCCCAGUCUAAACGAACAGGUGGUCGUUGCAAGCCCUGUUUGUUGCUGUUUGUUGCUGCUCAUCAAGCCAGACAGUCUGGCACCUGCAAUCAAUUCCCUUGGCAACUUAGGCAGGGAUUGUCUGAACUCUGUCUGAACUCCUGCUGUUGCCCUGGAAACCCCAAUCUAAACCCAGUUUAGCUUGAUAGGCAGGUCUUCCAAGUGUGGACUGGAGCUCCAAAUUUGUUACAAGAGGAAAAGACCAGGGGGGAGGGGGGCUCCCAGGUCUGGCUUUCAGGGAGAGACAGCUGCUGUUAGAGAGACAGGGUGAGGGCAUUGGAGCUCAAAUUUCCUGUGUGUGCGGUGGGAUAGGGAUCUACCCCUUCAGGUUCCAGGGCUGCUGCCAGGCUCUGGGGCCAAGCUAUUAUUUAUUAUUGGUACAUUUCCUGCUGCCUGCUCAGGUAGGGUUUCUGGGAGUGCUGUGGUAGGGAUCUUGAUGGCUGGAGGAGAGCCUGCUGGACCCCAUGAACAACGAACAACGAACAUGUUCGUGAACAGGAUCAUGUUUGUCAAUGUUCAUUGUUCGUGGAUGGCAAUGAACAAUGAACACCAUGUUCGGUUUUUUUCUGUUCGUGCCCAUGUCUAAACCUGAUGUCUAAACCUGAUGUCUAAACCUGAUGCAUGGAGACCCAAUUUGAAUUGAGACCAUAGUGUGAGGGGAGGGUGCUUUGAAGCCUCCUCCCAUGCCAUUUUCCUGAUCAAAAUAGGCCUCUAGAUAAUGCAUUUACCCAGCUGAGAAAAUGCACGUGUGUAGGUCCUUCAGUGCAUGUCCAUUUUCACAACAGGGCAAACAGCAUCCUAAUUAGGUCCAUUGUGGAUUGGGGGGAAAAUGCAGGGUGAAAGGCUUCAAAGCCCUUCGUGCUGCAGUUCCAAUCCAAAUCCAGGUCCCUGAACACCUGGUAAAUUUUAAAAAAUGCUGGCAGGGAGUGCUGUACACUGAACUCCUAAUGUAUCAUGCACUUAGGCCAGGCUCAAACCUCUCCAUCAAGCAGUUCGGCGCUUCAGGCAGGACCUUAAUUUGCUUCAUCAGUUAUGGAAAUAAACAAAUUGUGUAUGGAGAAGGAUAUGUUACCAUUUGGAGGAAGGGCAAAAGAAAAAGUGCAGGAUAGCGCAGAUACAAAAUCCAGCUUCUUAAAAAAAUCAGCUUUUGUUGUGAGUUUCUUUCUAGGGGCAAAGUCUUGCUGUGAGCUGAAAUCUCUGAAGCGGGAUGGGUGGUUGAAUGAGGCUGCCCACAGUUCGAGGCAGACCUUCGGUAUUUUGCAAAGUCCCUUUGUCGUGGUUCACGAGAAUUGUGAACAAUAAAGCAAAGUUAGUCAAUUUUUCAUAAUUUUAUGCUACUCACAGAAUACAGCUUUUAUGGCACAGAGUAUGAAUUGCCUAUAUGCAAUAUUUUUAUUUUUUAAAACAGUGAAUACAUAGAUUUUUAGUUGUUACCCUCCCUGAAUUCUUGAGAUAGGGUGUCCUAAACAAAAUGCAAAAUAUUUUUUAUAAAAUAAGGAACCAUCCAUCUGCCAGAAAGAACCUUUUAUUCUUUCUUGUUUGUUUGUAUUUUGGAUCUGUACAGUUUGGGACAGAUUUCAAGCUGAGAUCUUCCCUAGCAAAUAGCUUCCAUUAUACUCUGGUUGCUUUUUUUUAUGAGAUGAAAGAACAAUAGUAGUGCUUCUUACAGGAAAGGAAGCCAAAUAAUAGUCUCCUAGUUGCUGAGAGUCAUAGGCCAUGGGAGUCAUAGAUCUGCCACAUCACCUGGGUAUAGGGUUGCCAGGCCCCCUCAACCUCCCAGGGGGUGAGAUUGGGGCCUGGUACUUACCUGUUUUGGUGUGGGAGGGUGCGCACCACCCCUGCAAGUGUGAUGACGUCACUUUCAGAAAGUGACGUCAUCACGCAGCCUGUGGGCAUGCGCCCACACUCCACAGGGGCCCAAAACACACCCGUUUUGGCCCAGACCGGGCUCAUUUCAGGCCAAUUUUGGCAUGGAUCAGGCCCGU